AUGGACAUAGUGUUGGAGGGCAAUGGUCAGACAGUCUCAGCGCCAAUCUUUGCUCAGGGGAAUCCACUGCCCAGGAACAUCAACCAGGAGUACAGGUUUGUGCUGAAUGAACACCCGCGUUACCAGUGGACACCCCGCCUAACAAGUCUUGACUUCAGAGGAAUGCUGGCCAAUCUAACAUCCAUGAGGCUACGUGGGACCUAUCAGUCACAGGGAGUUGGAUUCCUGGAUAAUGUCAAGUUGGUGUCAGCGCGGCGUGGCAGUUUUGGAGACCCUGCCCCCUGGGUAGAGCAGUGUACCUGUCCCACGGGAUACGUUGGCCAGUUCUGCGAGUCCUGUGAGCCGGGAUACCACAGGGAUCCACCUGGUGGCGGACCCUAUGCACGCUGUAUCCCCUGUAACUGUAACAACCACUCAGACACCUGCGAGGUCAACACAGGUCGCUGUAUCUGCCAGCACAACACGGCAGGCACGAACUGCGAGGUCUGUAAACCUGGUUACUAUGGUUACGCGCUGGCUGGUACCCCAAAUGAUUGCAGUCCUUGCCCGUGUCCAGAUGGAGGCUCCUGUGUGGAGUUACUGAACGGAGAGGUGGCCUGUAUUAACUGUAGGGAGGGAUAUGCAGGCAACCGCUGUGAGUACUGUGCAGACUCAUACUACGGAGACCCAACAGGUCGCUAUGGUCCUGCCUCACAGUGCCAGAAAUGUCGCUGUAAUGAAAAUAUUGACCCCAACGCAGUGGCCAACUGCAACAGCACAACAGGAGAGUGUUUGAAGUGUAUCUACAACACAGCGGGGUUCUACUGUGACCGUUGUCUGCCUGGCUACUACGGGGAUGCCCUAGCACUUCCAAAGGGGGAUUGCAAAGCCUGCCAAUGUUAUCCACGUGGAUCAAGACGACCAGCCAGUGCACCAGAUGGCGUUCUGCUGUGUGAGGCCAGGACAGGCCAGUGUCCAUGUCUGCCAUAUGUCACUGGACGGCAGUGUGACAGGUGUCAGGACGGAUAUUAUAACAUUGAUAGCGGGAAUGGCUGUGAGAUGUGUAUGUGUGACCCAGUGGGUUCUACGGCCUUGACCUGUGACAUUCAGACUGGUCAGUGUAGCUGUAAACCUGGCGUAGGAGGGAGAACAUGUGACCAGUGUCUGCCGUACCAGUAUGGCUUCUCACUGGAGGGCUGUAAAGCGUGUGAGUGUAGUCCCGAGGGUUCCCUUGAUGCCCAGUGUGACGUGUACAGUGGGCAGUGUCCUUGUAAAGAGAAUACAGAGGGACGGCAGUGUGACAGGUGCAAGGAAAAUAAGUACAACAUCACCGCAGGCUGCAUAGACUGUCCGCCAUGCUAUAGUUUGGUACAGGACAGAGUGAACGAACACCGUCGUAAGCUGAUCACCCUUCAGAACAUGAUCGCCAGCAUUGGGCAGCCAAACACCACCACCAUCGACGACACAGAAUUUCUGAGAAGACUGGAUGAGGUGAAUGCCUCUGUGAAUGCACUACUGGCAGACGCUCUCUUUGCAUCAGGUGAGGGAAGCCCAAUAGGCAAAGAGCUGUCCAUGUUGAAUGAGGCUUUAGGAGAGCUGAUGGUACAGGUUCAGACCAUAGCUAAUAAUGUACAGAAGGGAGAAACCAGCGUCAGCUCCGUCAACUCUGAUCUGGCCACAGCAAACGACAUCAUCACGCGGGCAGGAGCAGCACUCAGCGAUGCCGAGCAGUACUUGCAGAAUGAGGGCCAGAGGGCGCUGAUGAAGGCAAAGGAUGCCCUGGCUCUCGCUGGUCAACAGUCAGCACAACUGACCAAUAUGUCACGAGAGGCAAGGCAACUGGUGGAGAAACAAGAGGAGGAGGCUAGUGCUAUAGAUCAGACGUCAAGGACGGCCCUGAAUAUCUCCCAGGAGGCCUUGCAACUGCUGCAGCAGACGUCAGAGGAGCCAGACAAGACAGCUGAGCAGAUUAAGAAAUUAAAGGAUCAGGUGUCUGGGUCCAGUGAUCUUUACGACAGAACCGAGCAGCUGUCAAAGCAGGCGCGGGACCUGGCCGUGGAUGCCUAUAAUGAGGCCCUGGACCUGUAUACCAGUGCGGGAUCUCUGAUGUUACCAGACCUGAAACUCCCAGACCUCCGCACCAAUAUCACUGGCACCAAAAAUGAUGCUGCGGGUAUUAAAGAUGAUGCUGAGACACUGAUCAAGGAAAAUGAGGAAUUGAUGAAAGACGUGACUGAACAGAGAGCUACAGCUGAGGAACUACUCCAAGAUGGCAUCAGGCAACAACAGAUAGCUGAUGAGCUGUUAGCGGAGGCUGAUGCCGCCAGAGCCGUGGCCAGAGACGCCGUGGCCAAAGGAGAGAAAACCCUGAAGGAUGCUCAGAAAACUUUGGCAAUUUUGAAAGAUUUUGAUGACCAGGUGCAGCGUAGCAAGGCGCAGGCGGAGGAAGCCAUGAAGAAGAUUCCAGACAUCGAGAGCCUCUUGGACGAGGCCAACAGGAAGACACAGCAGGCCAGGGACGCCCUGAGUGGUGCCGAGGCCAACGCCACGCUGGCAGAGAAACUCGCUCUGGAGGCCAAGGACAUUUCUGAAAUGGCUGCCACGGAAGCAACAAAAAUCUUAGGAGAAGCCCAGGAGACGAAGAAUGCCGCCACUGCCGCCAGGGAUAGAGCAGAUGCCUUGGAGGGUGAUGUGAAGGCAGCAGCAGAUAAACUGAUGGACUUUGAUGGUCAAGCUGAUGUGGACAAGAAUCUCACAGACCAGGCUCUUAGAAAGGCAGAUAGAGCCAAAGCCAGUGCUCAGGAAUCUUCAGACAAAGUGGGAAAAGCACUAAAAGAUGUUAACGACAUUCUGUCAGAAUUAGCUAAUUUAGAAAUGAUUGACACUUCACGUUUGGAUAUUCUGGAGAAAAAUCUAGCUGAAGCAGAUAAAGCACUGUUGGAAGCUGAAAUUGAUAAGAAAUUAAAAGAACUUUCAAAAGCUCAAUUAAUUCAGCUGCAGCAAAUGGAACAGUAUACUCUGGAUCUUAUACACCUACGAGAACAAGUAGAGAAUAUUCAGCAGAUUAAGGACGUCUUGCCAGAUGGCUGCUUUAAACGGCCCAAGCUGGAAUCUGGAGCGCAGGGCAGGCGAUAGUUUGAGCUUCAGUUUAACAGAGGGACCUAUCAGAAGGGACACUGAUACAUAUAUAUAUAUAUAUAUGAAGGAUAAAGUAUUGGGGAGGGGGGAUCUUCAGAGUCCCAAUUUGCAAAAUAUCCAAAAAUUACCUCAAAGAUAUUAUUGUCAACCAUUUGUUGGUUGUUUGUGUAACUUACAGCACCUGCUUUUUUUAAGGGGAGAGAUUUUGGGGUGGGGGUUGGGGGUGGACUUUAACUAGAAAUGGUUGCCUCCAUUAAGCAGUUUGUAAAUUUUUACUUUUUCUUCCGAGACUCGGGAAGGGUAAACUAUUUUAGUCUUAGUUAUUGAAGUUUGCACAUAACGCAAGCCAUUCAGAAUCUGUCAAACAAUUAUUGUUGCAUUUUUAAAGUUUGUAAACUCAAUUGUUAUACUUAUAUAAAGCCCGUUUGUUAUCUUCUCAAAAGACAAUUGUCUGCAUUUCAAUUUUGCUGUAAGAUUUGGGCUUUGACUUUAGAUUUUUGUAAGACUUAUCAACCAAACCAUUCAUGGGGGAUACUACACUAGGAGAAUGAUUUGUCUGCAUUUAAAAAAAAAGCCUCCCAUGCCAACAUUUAGUGUGUGAGCAUAUUUCGAGAUUUGCUGGUUUUUCACUUUCAUCUGUUUCUUUAUUCCUAUUUGUUGCUUGCAUUUUAAAGAAAGUGAUGGGUUUUAUAUUCACUUAUAGAAUGGUGCUAAUUGCAUAGAAAUCCAGUAACAUAAAUGAUAGAUUUUAACUGCUGAGGGAGAAAAUAUCUCAAUUUUUUGUCCCCUUUAUCUGAAGUCUGGGUAUCCUAAUAUGUGUGUUUUUCUUGAUUUAAGUAUUGUUGGGCAUUCCAUUGGAUUUGCUUUUUGUUCUUGUUAGUUACAUGGUAGUCUUGCAUGAAUGCCAACAUAUUUAUACUUUGGCAAUAUUUUCACCACAGUGGAGGUGUGGAGAGAAUGAUUUGAACAAUGUAUCAUGUCAAUUCUAAACAAUUGGAUUAAAGAUAACAAUUAUAUAACUUGCAAUGACUUGGGGCAAUUGUAAAAAAUCUGCCAAAUGCUUUAACAGAAGUUUGUUUAAUGAUUUUAUUAACUUUAAUGCUCAGUUUUAUUGGAAGCUUUAGAAAAUGAAAAUGUUCAAAGAGUAAGAAGAGUUAAGUUGGGAAAGUGGGAUGCCUGUCAACUCCUGCUAUAAACAAAAAGAUGUCAGUAAAAAUUACCAUUAAGAAAAGAGUAAUAAAGAAGGCCAUAUUAUUGGAGUACUUGUAAUUGAUUUGAAUCUGAUAUUCCAAUGAGAUGUAUAGGAAAAUUCACAUUUUUAAAGUUACAAGUAUCUUUGAACAUGAUUUGGUGAGUGAGAGGACAGAACGACACAGGCCAAAAUAUUUUUCGUGCUUUAAAGUAACUCUGUUGAAUUAAUUAAUAUUUCUGUGGAGUUGUGUACAUAUAUGUAGUCUAAAAAGCCUAGCACUGCCAGAGGACCAGAGCGCCCUCUACAAUUCUGUGGAACAUAAACUGUACUUGUACUGUAGUCUUUUAUAUGUUAUUCGCUGGCCACUUUAUACACUAUGUAAGUCGUUUUAAUUAUUAUACAUAUUACUAUAGUACAUGUACAUUAUUCCUUAUUCUAUGAUGAUAUUAUAUAAUAUUUAUGCAUGUAUUAUAUGUUUUGUAGUGUUUUUAGAUCGUGCACCUAGUUAUUGUAGUGUAUCCAAGUGGGGGAUGUCUGUUUUUAUUAAAAAGUUUUUACGACAGCAAAUAUGAAAGUGAAAGUGAACGCAACAACUGAUCUUCAUUAAGAAAUAUGAAAAUUAACUGAGAUGCUAUUUUGUAAAUCAUUGAUCAAGCAAACAACAUUAACUGAUAAUAAAUAUAACCUUUAUGGUGGA